CUCCGCAGCCGGGGAAGGGGGGGGGGGGGAGGAGAGCGGCUCUCCGGACGAGGCACCCAGCCGGGCAGGGAGAGGAGCGCGAGGGGCCCCGCUGCGCCCUGCUGGCCGUCGAGGGGCACCUGGAUCGCCCUGCCGUGGGCAGGAGGAGGAAGAGGAGGAAGAGGAGGAGGAAGAGCCCGGCCGGGCUGGGGGAGAGGAAGAGCCGGCGGGGGCUUCUGGGCGCCCCCCCCCCCUCCAACGUCUCCGCCUGGGCAAGCAUGGACCCACAGUCCCUGGACGCUGCGGUGCAGAACACGCUUUCGGCCCUCUACCCGCCCUUUGACUCCACGGCCCCGAUGGUGCUCAGCCAGCUUUUCCACGUGCUGGAGGCCAAAUACCACGGAGACGGGCUGUGCUGCCUCCUGGACUUCCUCAUCCCAUCCAGGCGGCUGCUGGAGCACGUUCGGCAAGCGGCCUGCGCUCCUUACAUCAGCCACGUUUUCCUCCACGAAGGCUGGCCCCUGUGCCUCCAUGAGAAAGUGGUCGUCCACCUGGGCCCGCUGAACCCCCUCCUGCUGCGCCCCGGCGACUUCUACCUGCAAGCCGAGCCCUGCGGAGAGCAGUCGGCUUCUCUCUCCGUGAAGUGCCUCUCCAGAGACCUGACCACCGUCGAGAAGAUCCCCAUCUCGGAAGCCACCUGCUCCCUGCUCUUCACCCAGGAGUGGCUGGAGGAGGUCAACCGAGACCUCGACCGGCCAGAGCUGCGGAAUUGCCUGGUGGCCACCAGCAACGGGAUUGCCCCGGUGCCGUGGAGCAAAAUCGUCAGCCCAGAAUUCGUCAAAAUAUCUCAGGCUGAAGAUUCGGAGGGCAAAGACACGACAACCCCUCCCGAGUCCCCGAGGCGCACCAACCGCACCGCUGGGGACGUGGGAGCUGCUCCGAGCAAGUACCCGGGCCUCAUCAAAGUGGAGCAGGGAUCCUGGAUGAAAUCCACCUUGUUUGUGGUGCCGAGUUUGUGCGACAUCAUCAGCGAGAACCUGGAAGGGGAGUACGUCAACCUCUUGGGCUUCUCCGAAGAGAGGAAAUUGGAUCUUCCUUCUCCGGCCAAGACGACGGUUUUGCCUUCUCCGCAGGCUGGAAGGGAGGAAUCGCCCGAACCCAACGAGGGGCUUUCUUGGGCCGAGGGGGAGGCCGCGGCCGUGGAAAACUGGACCUGUGGGAAGGGGCAGAACUCCGAGGAAGGCCCCUGCACCCCUUGCUUGCGGAGGAAGCUGAGCCGGGACCCCGAGCAUCACGAAUUAAGGUGCCGGUAUCGGGAGUCGUAUGUGGCCGCCCUCCAAAAUCCGGUCCGCUUCAGCUCAGGAUUGAUGGCGGCCAUUUUGGAGGAAAUGGAUGCGGCACACCCCUUGGAAAGCACGGCCGCUCGGCCUCCAGAGGGGUCAGAGGUGACCGUUCACGGGAGCCUCUCGGACACUCCGAACAAGGAAGGCAAAGCCGAGCAGGUGGCCAGACCGGGGCACGCGAAGCUUCUGAAGCCGCCUGCGGAGUCUUUGGCGGCCGGCAGCAAAUUCUCAUUCUUGAAAGGCCACCGCCUGCAGGCUUCCUCCGGGGGUGGCCUGUCCGUGGCCGAGAAGGGCAGCAAAGGGCAGGAGGGGCCUCGAAAGAGGGCGUCUGUCGUUUGCUCUCCCAGGACGGCCGGAGCCAAGCAGGCAGGCGGGAAAGGUACUAACGAGGUUGGCGUGGUGCUUGCGGAAGUCCCCCUACCCAAGUGCCUGGAAGGUGCUAUAGAGGGUACUUCGCCCACGGAUGCUCUUCUCCCCGGAUCCAGCCCCCAGAAUCGUGUCCAGUGGGAGGUGCUCCGUCCUGAGCUUCUGUCUUCUGGGAUAGCGUGUCUGCCAGGCAGCACAGACAGACUCGGGAGACCCAUCCUCCAGAUCUCCACCAGCAACCCAGCGUGGCAGGCCCCCUGGUGUUCAGCCCAAGAGGUGACGAAGCUCCUGUUCUUCCUCUGCUCCCUGCCCAGGAAACAAGCCCCAGUUGCCGAACUGACGGUGGUCAUUGAUGCCCGAAAGGAGCCUCUUUCCCCUGUCGUCUCUGCCUCACUGGACUCCGUCCAGAAGGCCUCUCCCGGCUCCAUCCGUGUUGUGCUGAUCUUGGCAGAGAAGGAGAUGGUGCCCCACCUGGACAAGUUCUCUGGCCUGCCGGUGGAGCUGCUGAGCUCUCUAAAGGCUCUGAACCGCCAUGUGGACAGCAGUCAGCUGACCCGGGCCCUGGAGGGCACCUUCCCCUAUUGCCACAGCGAGUGGGUUCAGUAUUUUCAGGCUGCAUCUCCAGAAGGCAUCUCAAGUUGCUUCAAAGCAACCGUCCAGGAGCUGGAAGAAGAGAGACCACCUGGGGAGUCUGCAGGUUUAAAUGAGGAUGGGUCGCUGGCCGCACUGCUGCAUUCUGCCGAGGCCGAUGGCGCUGCUGCUGCUGCUAAUUUAAGCCUGUCUCAGCUGCUCUCCAAGCGAGCGCAUUCGGAGCAGGGGUUGGCAUUCAAACGGUGGGCCAAGUCUGCUCGCACUGCAGAGGCUUGCGAGCGGCUCUUGGGCUUUUGUUUCGUCUUUCCCUCUGACCUCGAGAGAGCGCGCUUGUAA